CCCCUUACAGUUGCGUCCAACAGGAAUAUUCAGGCACUGGCAACCGCCGAUGAGAUGCAUCCCGUGAUUGCAGAGUGCGAUACAGUUACCUUCCAAACCCUUUAUUCCGAUCACGCAGAGUCUCGAAUCGUCUUGCUCCUACUCCUCGUAUACCACGCAAAGCUCUUGUUUACCUCUUGGGGCAUAGCAGCCGGAAUUGCUGCACAGCUAAAUCCAGUCCUUGUCGAGAUUGGCCUCCCCUGCACCGCUCCGAUGUCUUCAAUAAGAGACCUGAAAACAACCAGAGGCGGCAUAAGGAUUGUUCGCAAGGGCCCGUUGCUCAUUAAGAAUGCCAAGCUGACAACAGGUCGCUGGUCUCGCUUCGACCGGAAUGCUCAUAUACCCGGGUUGUCAAACCUGCGAGCCGUCGAGAGACCUCUUCGUCUGUUCACCUCGGCUCUUUCCUGCCUUUCUACCAUCACCACCUUCGAUCUGUCACGUCUGACGGUGUCUAUCUGGCCGCUUUCUGAGUGCUCCAUUCUAUACGCUUUCGUCCGACCGCAGUUAAUCACCCAGAUGUUUCUGCGUAGGGCUCAAUUAGUGUCGAUUUCUUUUGUGCUCCGCUGUGAGCUCAUGCAGGAUAAAAGGGUAGAGUUGCAGGAUUGAGCCAUGACAACCUCCCAGGAUCCGACGGCAACUAUGCAACGGAAAUCAAAUUCAUGCAUGCCAACUCAACAAACCUACGCCUUCAGAACCGGCUCAGCCAUGGGUAGAUUUUAUUGGACUACACCUCAGGUCUCCGGGGACCCGCCAUCUUCGCGCUCCGAAUGCCUUCCCCCGUUGUUUGUGGGUGUGGAUCAUGAUCCGAU